AUGUCGCCAACGAAAAAGGUUUUCACCUACAUCGGUGCGAUACUAAUAUUGAUUCUUCUCUUGACUGGGUGGACCUUGUUCUUUUUAUCUCGUCGCAAUGACACUAAGAAUAAUCCAGAACUGCAUGGUGACAUGGUGCGGAACUGGCACAACCAACCUGCUCCUCUCAGAGCGGGCCCAAAGAGGUGUACAGCACAAGAUUAUAUUUGUUGUCACGCAGAAACAGGGCCCAACCCAUCUGAAAAAGGAUUAAAAUUAGUGAUCGAUCACGAUGGUGGAGCAGAUGACGCUUUGGCAAUAACUAUGAGUAUAUUGUUUGAGAAAUAUUUUAAUGGACCUAAAAUAGCAGCACUGACAACAACAUACGGAAAUAUAAAUCAGAGCCAAGCCAUUGUCAACAGUGCAAGAAUACUUAAGCUAUGCAACAGAUCUGAUAUUCCCAUAUACGCUGGAGCAAAGCAUGCUCUAAUUUCAGGAAUUGAAUCAGAUUUCUUUUUUGGAUUUGAUGGAUUAGGUGAUGACGGCUACGUUGCCAUGGAGCCCAUAGCAAUUGAAAGCGUGAAUGCUGCAGUUGGUCUUAUUAACCUAUCAAAGAAAUAUGAAGGUGACCUUGUAAUAAUGGCGAUAGGUCCUCUCACCAACAUUGCUUUGGCCAUAACGAUGGAUCCUGACUUCAUAGGCAGAUUAUCACAACUGUAUGUUGGUGCUGGCCAUAUUUACAGUGAAUCAUUUCCUGAGCCAGAGUUCAAUGCUGCUAUGGAUCCAGAGGCUUACUACAUCCUGGCAGAUAAUGCGAGAGUAGACAAAGUGACUAUUAUACCAUACUCUCAAGUUUACGUAUCUCUAAAUGCAACAAAAAAAUGGAGAGUGAACGUUUUAGGUGCAAUAGACUCACCCAUCAUCAAAGCUCUGAACGGGUAUGAACGGGUGUCUCUGGCCUCUCCUGGUAGAGUCUGGUCUCUAUUGGAUCCAGCUGUAGCAGCUAUGGCCCUAGAUAAUAGUAUAGUCAAGGAGUACAGAAAUACUGACAAUGGGAUUAUCUUGUGUGGAGACAAAAGAGGUGUCAACACCAACAAUUUCACGUCAAAGAAUCCUAAUUCAAGACUUGUUUACACAGCGUUCGUGAAAAAGUACAAGAAAUUCUUGUUUGACGUCUAUUCGGCAUCUUCCUGCAGUAUACAACAUUUAUAA